AAACCACCGGUUGAUUCUAGCCAUCUAAAUCAUCAUCGGCAUGUAGUCUCAGAUCGACAAUAAUGGUGUGGUGUAGAUGUUAGAGGAAGGCGACAACCACUUCCCCGCCCUGCCGGGGCCGAGCCAGCCGGAGACGGCGACGCCCCGAGUCCUCACCAUCCUGUCCUCCGUCCUGGAGAAGCUGGUGGCUCGUAACGACCGCCUUGCACUGCUCUGCCUCGACGGCGGCACGCCAAAUAAUACCGACGGGGGGUCCUCGUCGUCGUCGUCAUCAGCAGGUUUCCGGCUAGGGAAAAGUCUGAGCGCAUUUCACGGCGUGAGAGCGCCGAGCAUCAGCAUUCCAAAGUACAUCGAGAGGAUUUACAAGUACACAAAUUGCAGCCCGUCCUGCUUCGUGGUAGGGUACGUUUACAUGGAUCGAUUGGCUCAUAAGUACCCCAACUCCCUCGUCAUCUCCCUAAAUGUUCAUAGGUUGCUUGUCACGUGUGUCAUGGUGGCUUCCAAGAUUCUAGACGACGAGCACUACAACAAUGCGUUCUUUGCUAGGGUUGGGGGAGUAAGCAACGCAGAGCUAAACAAGCUGGAGAUAGAGCUGCUUUUCUUGCUGGAUUUUGGGGUCUCUGUAAGCUCUCAAGUUUUUGAGUGCUAUUGCCAGCACUUAGACAAGGAAAUAUUGCAGUGCAAUGGCAUUGGCGCCGACGCCACAAUUAUCAAUAUUAUUCAAAGAGGAGUUGAAGCACUUGACGAUGAUAUUACACUCGCUUCUUCGCCCCCGCCGCCGCCGCCUAACUUUGCAGAUUAAUCAUCUUGCCAUUGUUUUUUUUUUUUUAAGGGAAAUUUGCAGCAACUAUUUGGAAGUGGACACGGGAUAAUCUCAUUAGACCCAGCUUAGGUUGUCCAGAAUUGAUGAGCUCAAAUCAAGAAAGUUAAUACUGUACAUGAAAUUUGUAAUUUUGUGAUUAUCAAGUCAACAUUUUGACUAACUUGGUUAGAGUUGACUCUAAUGUUGCUUUCUUUAUACUUUUUGGUCUCUAUGGUUAAUUAUUUGGUUAAUCGUUCAUCUUUA